AGUGAGAGUGACACUCCUAGAUUACCCAUAAUUCCAUUUAUGAACACGGAAGCUUCAGCGAACUUGGAGUUGGACAAAAUUGUACAAAAUGUCAACGUUGGAACUUCUUUUCGAAAAUGAAAUACCUGCUGGAAGACAGGCUUUACAAGACAGUCAUCACAACUUGCAAGAUGUGGCUAAUUAUUGCGAAGAUAAUUACCGGAAGGCCUCUGAUAAGAGGAGAGCACUUGAAGAAACAAAGAACUUCACCACUCAAUCUCUUGCCAGUGUUGCAUAUCAGAUCAACACACUUGCUACCAGUAUGUUGCAAAUGCUAGAUCUUCAAGCUACACAGCUGGCCAACAUGGAGUCUAGUAUCAAUCACAUAGCACAGAAUGUUGCCAUCCACAAGGAGAAAGUAGCACGUCGAGAGAUUGGUGUGUUAACCACCAAUAAGAAUUGCCCUCGCACUCAUAAGGUUGUCACACCACCCAAUCCUGAGAAGCAGCUGAAGUAUAAAUCCACUCCCAUUGAUUUUUCAGCUCUGGAUGACGUAGGUCAUGGUCUCAAACUUAGUUCUCCUUCGACAACAUCAGGUAGACCACGAACAGAUUCACAAGCAAGCACUUCUACAUCUAACAGUGGUGGUGGUGGAGCAUAUGAAGCAUUGCCAGUUUACCAGCCACGACUGGAUGACCCGUACAACUCCAUGCGUAGACGAAUGCCCAAUCACCCACCAGUUGCACCGACUGUACCACCACAGUAUAUGUCUAUUGGUAAAGUGGGCAUGCGGGAUUCUCACCACGGGGCGCCACCAAAGGAAAGGCCAUCGAUUCCAGGAUACAUGCAGGGACAACCAGACCCAAAUGUACCCGCAGCCCCACCCCCUCCACCAAACAUGCCAGGUACACACCCUGGUAUGGCACCAGUCGGCCAAGUGCCACCUCCACCACCUGUCAUGAGUGGGCCUCCACAUACUAACAUGGGCCAACCACCACCACCUAAUAUGGGACCUCCUGCCCCUCCUGCACCCCCAAUAGGAGGUAUGAUGCCCCCAGCACCAUCACCUGCACCAGCUGUACAUCAGCUACCUCCAGCCUCACACCAACCACCUCCAGCAACACACCAACCGCCCCCAGCAGCCCAACAACCACCCCCGCAGCAACAGCCAAAUUUUGCUGCCCAGCUGAACCAAGCUAUUGGAAUGAGGCCAGGUGCAGGAGAAGCGCAACGUAACUCGAUUAACCCGUAUGGGGAUAUUGGUAUGCCUCCACCACCUGAUAUGGGAGCCUCAGAUCUGCCACCUCCCCCUAUGGAUUCUAUGGUAUAUGGCCAAGACAGUGUGGCGAUGCCUCCACCUCCAGAGUUUGAACAGGUGGAUGAUGACCAGUUUGUUCCCACGCAGUACAUUGAGAAAGAUGAACAAGGAGAUCCAGUUUCAUUUAUUGAGAAAGUUGUUGCAGUGUUUGACUACGUUGCAGACAGGGAGGAUGAGCUUUCAUUUGAAGAAGGAGCAAUCAUCUAUGUCUUGAAGAAGAAUGAAGAUGGCUGGUAUGAAGGGAUCUGUCAGGGUUUAACUGGUCUCUUCCCGGGUAACUAUGUUGAACUUUGUCCAUAGACAGACACACUCUGCCCCAACAGAGAUUCUCAACACCAUUACAGAGAUGGAUGUAUCAUGUAGGGCAAACUCACAGUGGCUCCUGUUCGAUUUGCUCAUACUUUAUUUUUCUGAUGAUGUACGGCCAGGGUUGUAAUAGUGUUUUUCCAGAAUACUGAGGAGUUUUAGAUUAAAGGUUAAAGUUUAUUUUGGUUUAAUCAUUAAUGUAUGAACUUUCCAGCAGGGUAGUUUUCACUUGGAAAGAUGUCAUGGAAUCUGGGGUGUGUUUCACAAAGAGCUAAAAUUGCUCUUAAAUCCAAGAUGUGUGUUAAAGAGAUGCCCAUGGAUGAUGAAAUUACCCUUAUGCGCAUUGUUGAUUUAUACUACACUCUGUGAAACAGUCCGUAGGUGAAGGGUUGGGGACAAGGGGGGGGUAACUAAUGAUAUAUUUCAUAUUUCAUUGUUCCCUUCUGAAGAGUCUGAUUUUACAGUGUUGGCUAUUUUUCUUCAAAAUUAUGUAUACUUACAUUGUAAUUAUUAAGGUGAUGGAUCAUGGUUAUUAUGUAUAUAUUGUAUAUUUAACUAAAAUGUACAUGUAUUUAGCUAAAUCAGCUCAUGUGUGUCCCACAUGAAGAUAUGCAAUUUUAAUAGUCCAUGUAUUUAUCAUGUACAUGUACAAAAAUACACAUAGAGGUUGAUGACUUCCUGUAGGCAUGGAGUUGCAAUGAUCAACUGGUAGCCAGGAUUUAAGUUUGGAGGGGGCGGUGAGUGCAACAUGCCAACACUUACGCCUUCAAGGGGGAGUUUUUGGUAACCACAGAGUCAUGUGGGGCCUUUUCUGGAUACUUCUAUGUCACAUGUUUAAAAAAAAAGUUUUAUCCCAGUACCAAGUGUAUUUGAAUAAAAAGAUAAGAUUAACAAAAAUAUGACACAGAAAUCUUCAUCAGAAUAAGGAAGGUGCCUUGAUCCCACUGCAUAUAAUAUCUCCACGAUUAUGUUCUAGUGCAUAUACUGUACAUAUAUACAGCCUGGAUUCUUCUGUGUACAUGUAUAAUAAUGAACUCCUGUGUUACAUGUACAUCCAUUUUGUCAUUUUGUACUAUCAUUAGGUGUGUUUCCUACUAGAAAAUAUAUCAUGUAUACAUGUAGGUCAGAUCAAGCCAAACAAAGAAUUUUAUAGUUUAUAAUCGAAUAGUAAUAAGUUUAUAGCUGUGUUUUGAUUAUUAUAUAUACAUGUAGUAAUGUACAAUAUUAUUCAUCCUUGUAAUUACAUGAAUAGAGAAUGGCAAGACGCCAUGUUUUUACCAUUAUGAUAUAGUUGCAAUUCGUAAUUUUAUGCAAGACUGCAUCAGUUAAAUCUUGAAAGUAAGAGACAAGUUGGUUCAUUCAGAAUAUUUUUGUCUGUAUGUGAAUACAUGUGAUCUGAACAUUAUGUAGCACUUCUUCAUGUAUAAACAUGCUUAAAGCUCUUUAUAAUAUAACAUAAUUCAGUGAAUAAUGCUACUCCUCAAGUUCUUGCGAUAUAUGAAGUGGGUGUUACAGAGAAAACAGAUAUAUAUGGUUUAGCUUGUUUUGAAUAGUUGUACAGAAGGAUGUGAAUGUAUGUUUCUUGGGAUAUGUAUGCACCUGCAUCCUUUCCAGUGUGAAAAUAUAUUGCUAGCUAAAUCAAGAAUCAAUUAUACCAUUCUUUUUAUAGCAGUUUUACCUUUCUGCACUUGGUGGUGUUUUAUGUUGCAGCUAAUUAUUCAGAAAGUUUGCUAUUCCAAAAGUUCUCCGAAAGUUUUUUAUUCUGAAAUUCCAUUAGUCCAAAGGUCCAUCAUCCAAAAUGUUUGUUAUUCCAAAGUGAAAUAUGAUAUGCCAUUCCACUGGUUGAUAGGCAGAAAAUGAAGUAAGACUUCUAAUAGUUUAUUAAUUCUUUUUGUACCAACAAAACCUUAAUUCAUUUUAGGACUUACUCAACCUUUAGAAUAAGAACUUUUUUUUUUUUUUUUAGUUACAAACCUGAUUCCAUUGUCAGGUCUACAAACUUCUGGAAUAAUGCCACAAAUAUUUGGAGUAGCAAACCCUUUUAUUGUUGGACUUACAUGUACAGCAUCUCCAAAAUACUGUAUACAGAUUCAUAGAGCUGUGUGCAAUCUAAACUGGGUUCCAAAAGAAACUUGUUAAACUUCACAAGUGCACUACACAAAUUCCACUCAGUCAAAAUGAACAAAAUUUUGACAUAGGCUAGCUCUACUAAGCAUGUGUCAAAAAUUAAGAUCUUGGUUUAAUAACAAAGAGGCUGUAGCCCCUCAAAUCAAUUGGCUCUGGAACCCAAAGUCACAAAGUGACAAAAGAAAGACCAAUGAAAAUGAGAUGGAAUUAAACCAAAUGGUCAUUCUUUGCUUGACUGCUAUUCGAGUCCAUUCAUGCAUUAUGCUUUUUUGACCUCUAAAGGUGUGUUUAAAAUGUUAAUUUUAACUUCCUCUAACUUAGUUAUUGAGGUGAUCAAUUAAACAUGCUGAUGGUCAUACUGUGAACUUUAAUUAACUGGUAAGAUGGUUUAAUCCCAUCUCAGUUUCCUUGAUCUUUUGCCAUUUUUGUGACUUUGGACUCUGAAAUCAUUUUAUUUGAGGGGCUACAGCCUUUUUUUUUAAUUAAACGAAUCUCUGAAUUAUUGACAUUUGCUCAGUAAGGAAUAUUGAAGCUAGACUCUCAAAAUUUUGUUAAUUUUGACUGAGUGAAAUUUGUGAAGUGUGCUUGUGGAGUUUGAUAAGUUUCUUUUGGAAACCAGUGUACAUGGCUUUUUGCACAACUGAUGAUCUGUUCUUGCACUGAAUAA